GGGGCCGGGGGGGGGGGGGUUCGUGCGCGUGUUCCCGGACGGAAGCACCAAGUGUGGGUUCUAACAUGUGGAGAGGGAACGCGGACGUAGGAGAGCGUUAAGAAACCGAAGGAGGCACCGACAGCAAUUAUGGGACUCCUGGUGCUUUCCACGUGGCUGGUGUUCGCAGCGGCGGUGCCGACCUGGCUGUUGGCCGCGCCGACCGGCGUCCGUGAGCGUCCCUGCCCUCAGAGCUGUCGGUGUGACGGGAAGAUCAUCUACUGCGAGUCCAGCGCCUUCCACGACGUGCCAGAAAACGUGUCGGCGAGCACGCAGGGCCUGUCCCUACGUUACAACAGCCUGGCUAGCCUGAGAGCCCGCCAGUUCGCGGGGCUGGGUCAACUGGUGUGGCUCUACCUGGACCACAACUACAUCAGCGCGGUGGACGGGCAGUCGUUGCACGGUAUACGGCGGCUGAAAGAACUGAUUCUCAGCUCCAACAAAAUUGCCCGACUGGAAAAUAACACUUUUCACGACGUUCCCAAUUUACGCAACCUGGACCUUUCCUACAACAAACUGCAGGUUCUCCAGCCCUACCAGUUUUUGGGUCUGAGAAAACUGCUGAGUUUGCACAUGAGGUCGAACUCGUUGAAAACCGUCCCGAUGCGAGUUUUCCUCGACUGUCGCAACCUGGAGUUCCUCGACAUCGGCUACAACCGGCUACGGAGCCUGACGCGCAACACUUUCGCCGGACUCCUGAAGCUCGUGGAGCUGCACCUGGAGCACAACCAGUUUUCGAAGAUUAAUUUCGCUCAUUUUCCCCGGCUGACUCACCUGAGGGCGCUCUACCUGCAGUGGAACCGUAUCAAAGUGCUGACUCAGGGCUUGUCUUGGAUGUGGACCUCCCUGCAAAAGCUGGAUCUUUCAGGGAACGAUCUUCAAGUCCUGGACCCCGGUACGUUUCACUGCCUGCCUAACCUCCAGACUCUGAAUGUGGACUCCAACAAACUCAGCAAUGUCUCCCAGCAGACGGUGGAGGCUUGGAUCUCCCUCACCACCAUCAGCCUGGCGGGCAAUCUGUGGUACUGCAAUGCAAACAUAUGCCCCCUGGUGGCUUGGCUCAAAGCGUUCAAGGGUAACAAGGAGACCACGAUGAUCUGCGCGGGUCCAAAGGAAGCGCAAGGAGAGAAGGCGAACGACAUGGUGGAGACGUACAACAUCUGCACUGCAACGCCGUCUCCCGCCACCACCACCACAACCACAACCCCACCCCCCAGCGCAAGAUUCAAGCCCGAGCUGCUGUUGCCCCUUUCUACCCAGACCGUCGUGGAUGUAAAGACGACCUGGAACGCCACCGUGUCCCAGGCUCCUACCGUGGUCUCCCCCACCCUCCCGGUGCCGGACACUCGGUAUGUGUUUUUCCAUAAGGUCAUCGGAGGGAGCGUGGCCCUCCUCUUAUCUGCGGCCUUCAUUCUGCUGGUGGUCUACGUCUCGCGGAAGCGCUAUCCCGGCAGUAUCAAGCAGCUUCAGCUUCAGCGCUCCAUGGUCAAUAAGCGGCAGAAAAAGGCCAGGGAGACAGAGCGCCCCCUGAGUUCGCCACUGCAAGAGUACUACGUGGACUACAAACCUUCGCACUCAGAGACAACGGACGUGCUGGUAAACGGGACAGGGCCGUACACGUACACCAUUUCGGGCUCGAGGGAAUGUGAGGUAUGACCGCGGAGCUCCGGGGGAAAGUUCCGUCAGCAGGACAUGAGAGGGUCAAAUAAACAACGCUAAAUCCGGUGAUCCUCAGUGGAGACGAGACCCGGCUGACGUUAGCUUUAGCCGGUGGCCGGUGCCGUCGUAAGUAAUAAUAACUCAUUCAGGUAACAAGAAACAUCAUCUUUCCUGGACGGCUUUUGUAAUCUAGAGAUUUUUUUAUAAUUCUGCUCAUGCACCGCUAGAUCGGGCAGGAGUUCAUGAGCCAUUAACGUGGAGGGAGGCGGGAAGGAAAAAAAAAAAAAAAAAAAUGGUGAUCACACUUUAGGUGAAAUGUGGCCGUGCGCAGCAAUCUGCGCUAAGCAGCUCAGCUGGCAGCUGUCCAGGCUACGAGCCGAUGACUCGCCUCCCGUAAGAGCUUCAACGGCGACACCAACCGUUUCCUCUUUAUUUCGGAUUAAACCUGAAUGCUCACUCAGCUCCGUUGGCCACAGAGAUUUGUUUAUUUUUGCUUUUAAUCCAAUGCCAAGACACGGAACCGGCCUAGAUAACGGCAUACGUAAAAGUACGUUAAGUCCACAACGAGA